GGUAGCUCGGGGUGUGGAAUCGGGCGCGAACCUGAGUUCUGAGAAACGUGGAAGCGCGUCUGAGGCAGUUGCGCGCACACUUUCCUGGAUGGAGUGUGUGCUUCUGCGCUACGUUAGCGUGGCCGAGCGGCGCUGGGCACUUGGUCAUUUUCUUCUUCAUAGCAAGAAAGCAGAGGGGUGUUUUUCAAAUUCUAGUGUUUCUUUCUUUUUUUUUUUUGAGACGGAGUCUCGCUUUGUAGCCCAGGCUGCAGUGCAAUGGCGCAAUCUCGGCUCACUGCAAGCUCCGCCUCCCGGGUUCAAGCGAUUCUCCUGCCUCAGCCUCCCGAGUAGCUGGAAUUACAGGCGCCCGCCACCAUACUCGCUAAUUUGUGUGUUUUUAGUACAUACGGGGUUUCACCGUGUUGGCCAAGCUAGUCUCGAACUCCUGACCUCAAGUGAUCCGCUCGUCUCAGCCUCCCAAAGUGCUGGGAUUGCAGGCGUGAGCCACCGCGCCCGGCUCAAAUUCCAGUGUUUCUUUUUCUUUUUCUUUUCUUUUCUUUUUUUUGACUCGCUCUGUCGCCCAGGCUGGAGUGCAGUGGCGGGAUCUCGGCUGGCUGCAGUCUCCGCCUCCCGGGGCUCAGGCGAUCGUCCUCGCUCAGCCUCCUGUAGCCGAGACUACAGGCGCCACCGCGCCCGGCUAAUUUUUGUGAUUUUUUAGAGACAGGAUCUCGCCAUGUUGCCCAGGCUGGUCUCGAACUCCUGGGCUCCAACGAUCCCCCCGCCCCGGCCUCCCAAGCGCUGGAAGCCCAAGCGCGAGCCCCGCGCCCGGCCGCCAGCUGCUUUCUGGGGGGCGCUUCCUGCCUCGCUCUGCUCUGUGGAGUCCGGGGCCCGGCGAUAGAACCGGCCCUCAGUCACCCAACAGCUGAGGACAGUCACCCAACAGCUCAGGACACUGCCGAGCGCAUCGACUUUCCCAGAAACGCCUGACCCACGCCCUCCGCUCCGAAACUAGAAAAGCGGAGCCCAGCGAAGGCCUGGGCCGAGACUGCCCGGUGCUGGAAAGGCCCCGCCUCGGGAUGCACGGGAGGAGAACACGCCCAGGAGGGGAGGAUGCCGCGGUCGAUCGGGGCUGUGACAGCGCGCCCUCGAUACAAAGGGGACCCGGACGCCGGCCCGGCGCCGCCUUCUCUCCUAGAAAAAGCUCGUCCCGCUUCUCGUAGAGCGGAAUAACCCGGCCCCCGGCGCUCGGGCCUCGGAGCCGCACGUGCGUGCCCGAUCGCCUUCGGCUUUUCCCGGCCGCUCGGAGCGCUUCGGGCGUCCUCGGGACCGCCUCUCUCACCUUCGGCUAUUUCCGCGUUCUUGGCGCGCCGUUGUCCCGGCAACGCGCGGCGGCUCAGCGGCCUUGCAGAGGUCCUGUUCUGUGCAAGGCACUGUUGUAAGGAGCCGGGAAUACUGGGUGCCUCCUGCUCUCUGGGGAAGAUAAUAUGGGGGGCAGUGUGUGAGCAGUGAAACUCACAUUUACAGUAAACUCUAAAUGCAGCCACGAAGAAGCGCAACGUUGUGUGGGGACACUGGACAAGAAGCACAGGACAAAGGCAAAGCCAUCAAACCCUGAGAGAGCUCCCUUACCCAAAGCCCGGGGGAAACCUUGAAAAACCCCAGGUUUCAGCGCUGAGCAGGCCUGAGUUCCGUCAUGGCCCUCUACUUUGACCACCAGAUAGAAGCCCCGGAUGCAGCGGGGUCACCCUCACACAUCAGCUGGCACCCUGUCCAUCCAUUCUUGGCAGUUGCUUACAUCAGCACAACCUCAGCAGGCAGCGUGGAUAUUUACCUGGAGCAAGGGGAGUGCGUGCCGGAUACACAUGUCGAGAGGCCAUUCCGGGUUGCUUCCCUGUGCUGGCACCCGACGCGGCUGGUGCUGGCUCUGGGCUGGGAGACUGGGGAAGUGACGGUGUUUAACAAGCAGGACAAGGAGCAGCACACGAUGCCUCUGACACACACGGCCGACAUCACCGUGCUCAAUUGGAGCCCCAGUGGAAACUGCCUGCUGUCUGGCGACAGGCUUGGUGUCUUGCUCUUGUGGAGGUUGGACCAAAGGGGCCGAGUGCGAGGGACGCCCCUGCUGAAACUCGAGUAUGGGAAACACCUCACGCACUGCAUCUUCCGGCUCCCCGCUCCUGGCGAGGACCUGCUUCAGUUGGCAAAGGCAGCUGUGAGUGGCGAUGAGAAAGCCCUGGACAUGUUUAACUGGAAGAAGAGCAGCUCUGGAAGUUUGCUGAAGACAGGAUCUCAGGAGGGACUGUGGUUCUUUGUCAGUCUGAUGGAUGGGACGGUGCACUAUGUGGAUGAGAAGGGUAAGACCACUCAGGUGGUGUCCGCAGACAGCGCGAUUCAGAUGCUGUUCUACAUGGAGAAGAGGGAGGCACUGGUGGUGGUCACGGAGAACCUCCGGCUGUCCCUGUACACGGUGCCUCCUGAGGGCGAAGCAGAAGAAGUGAUGAAGGUCAAGCUGAGCGGGAAAACCGGCCACCGGGCAGACAUCACUUUGAUUGAAGGCAGCCUUCUCGUGAUGGCCGUCGGGGAGGCUGCCCUCAGAUUCUGGGAUAUAGAACGAGGAGAGAAUUAUAUACUGAGUCCAGAUGAGAAGUUUGGCUUUGAGAAAGGAGAGAAUAUGAACUGUGUUUGUUACUGUAAAGUCAAAGGUCUUCUGGCCGCUGGUACCGACAGAGGGCGAGUAGCCAUGUGGAGAAAAGUACCAGGCUUCCUGGGCAGCCCCGGGGCAGAGGGCAAGGACAGGUGGGCCCUUCAGACCCCUACUGAGCUCCAAGGAAACAUCACGCAAAUCCAGUGGGGUUCCAGGAAGAACCUGCUGGCAGUGAACAACGUCAUCUCCGUGGCCAUCCUCAGCGAGCGGGCCAUGUCGUCACACUUCAACCAGCAAGUGGCCGCCGUGCAGGUCUCCCCAAGCCUGCUGAAUGUGUGCUUCCUGUCCACGGGGAUCGCACACAGCCUGCGCACCGACAUGCACAUCAGUGGGGUGUUUGCCACCAAGGAUGCUGUCGCAGUCUGGAACGGAAGGCAGGUGGCGAUCUUUGAGCUUUCUGGAGCCGCGAUACGGAGUGCAGGGACCUUCUUGUGUGAGACACCCGUGUUAGCAAUGCAUGAAGAAAACGUUUACACGGUGGAGUCAAACCGAGUUCAAGUUCGAACCUGGCAGGGGACUGUCAAACAACUCCUCCUCUUCUCAGAGACUGAGGGGAACCCCUGCUUCUUGGACGUCUGUGGGAAUUUCCUGGUUGUAGGGACAGACUUGGCUCACUUUAAAAGCUUUGAUCUUUCCCGAAGAGAGGCCAAAGCACACUGCAGCUGCAGGAACCUGGCGGAGCUGGUCCCCGGGGCGGGGGGCAUCGCUUCUCUGCGGUGCAGCAGCAGCGGGAGCACUGUCAGCAUCCUCCCCAGCAAGGCUGACAACAGCCCCGAUUCCAAAAUCUGCUUCUACGAUGUUGAAAUGGACACAGUGACCAUCUUUGACUUCAAGACUGGACAAAUUGAUCGGAGAGAGACGCUGUCCUUUAAUGAGCAAGAGACUAAUAAGAGCCACCUCUUUGUGGAUGAGGGACUGAAAAAUUAUGUUCCCGUGAACCACUUCUGGGACCAGAGCGAGCCCCGGCUAUUUGUGUGUGAAGCCGUGCAGGAGACGCCGUGCUCCCAGCCUCAGUCUGCAAACGGGCAGCCCCAAGAUGGGCGCGCUGGCCCUGCGGCAGAUGUUUUGAUCCUGUCCUUCUUCAUUUCCGAAGAGCACGGCUUCCUGCUUCAUGAGAGCUUCCCCCGGCCUGCCGCCUCCCACAGUCUCCUGGGGAUGGAAGUGCCUUAUUACUACUUCACAAGAAAGCCCGAAGAAGCAGACAGAGAAGACGAGGUAGAGCCUGGGUGCCACCACAUCCCUCAGAUGGUGUCCAGGAGACCCCUGCGAGACUUCGUGGGGCUGGAGGACUGCGACAAGGCCACCCGGGACGCCAUGCUCCACUUCAGCUUCUUCGUCACCAUCGGAGACUUGGACGAAGCCUUCAAAUCCAUCAAGCUCAUCAAAAGCGAGGCCGUCUGGGAGAACAUGGCGCGCAUGUGCGUGAAGACCCAGCGACUGGACGUGGCCAAGGUGUGCCUGGGGAACAUGGGCCAUGCCCGCGGGGCCCGAGCGCUGCGUGAGGCGGAGCAGGAACCGGAGCUAGAGGCCCGCGUGGCCGUGCUGGCCACACAGCUGGGCAUGCUGGAGGAUGCCGAGCAGCUGUACAGGAAGUGCAAGCGCCACGACCUCCUGAACAAGUUCUACCAGGCUGCGGGCCGGUGGCAGGAGGCCCUCCAGGUAGCCGAGCACCAUGACCGCGUGCACCUACGCAGCACCUACCACCGCUACGCCGGGCACCUGGAGGCCAGCGCCGACUGCAGCCAGGCCCUCAGUUACUACGAGAAGUCAGACACGCACCGCUUCGAGGUGCCCAGGAUGCUGUCGGAGGACCUGCCGUCCCUGGAGCUCUACGUGAAUAAAAUGAAGGAUAAGACCCUGUGGCAGUGGUGGGCGCAGUACCUGGAGAGCCAGGGCGAGAUGGACGCCGCGCUGCACUACUACCAGCUGGCCCAGGACCACUUCUCCCUGGUCCGCAUCCACUGCUUCCAGGGCAAUGUCCAGAAGGCUGCGCAAAUAGCCAACGAGACAGGAAACCUGGCAGCCGCCUACCACCUCGCCCGCGAGUACGAGAGUCAGGAGGAGGUCGGUCAGGCGGUACACUUCUACACCCGGGCACAGGCCUUCAAGAAUGCCAUCCGCCUGUGCAAGGAGAAUGGCCUGGACGACCAGCUCCUGAACUUGGCCCUGCUGAGCUCACCCGAGGACAUGAUUGAGGCGGCCCGAUACUAUGAGGAGAAGGGCGUGCAGAUGGACAGGGCGGUCAUGCUGUACCACAAGGCUGGCCACUUCUCCAAGGCCCUGGAGCUGGCCUUUGCCACCCAGCAGUUUGCGGCCCUGCAGCUCAUAGCAGAGGACCUGGAUGAGACGUCAGACCCUGCACUCCUGGCCCGCUGCUCCGACUUCUUCAUCGAGCACAGUCAGUACGAGAGGGCAGUGGAGCUGCUGCUGGCCGCCAGGAAGUAUCAGGAAGCCCUGCAGCUGUGCCUGGAGCAGAACAUGAGCGUCACCGCGGAGAUGGCGGAAAAGAUGACCGUGGCCAAGGACUCCUCGGACCUGCCUGAGGAGUCGCGGCGGGAGCUGCUGGAGCAGAUAGCAAACUGCUGCAUGCGCCAGGGCAGCUACCACCUGGCCACCAAGAAGUACACGCAGGCCGGCAACAGGCUGAAGGCCAUGAGGGCGCUGCUCAAAUCCGGAGACACAGAGAAAAUCACGUUCUUCGCGAGCGUGUCCAGGCAGAAGGAAAUCUACAUCAUGGCUGCUAACUACCUGCAGUCCCUGGACUGGCGGAGGGAGCCAGAGAUCAUGAAGAACAUCAUCAGCUUCUACACCAAGGGGCAGGCCCUGGACCUCCUGGCCGGCUUUUAUGACGCUUGUGCCCAGGUGGAGAUUGAUGAAUACCAGAACUACGACAAAGCCCAUGGGGCGCUGACUGAGGCCUACAAGUGCCUGGCCAAGGCCAAGGCCAAGAGCCCCCUGGACCAGGAGACCAGGCUGGCGCAGCUGCAGAGCAGGAUAGCACUGGUGAAGAGGUUCAUCCAGGCCCGCAGGACAUACACGGAGGACCCCAAGGAGUCCAUCAAGCAGUGUGAGCUGCUCCUGGAGGAACCAGACCUGGACAGCACCAUCCGCAUCGGGGACGUCUAUGGCUUCCUGGUGGAGCACUACGCGCGGAAGGAGGAGUACCAGACGGCCUACAGAUUCCUGGAGGAGAUGCGGCGGCGGCUUCCCUCGGCCAACAUGUCCUACUACGUAAGCCCGCGGGCCGUGGACGCCGUGCACCAGGGGCUGGGUCUCCCGCUGCCACGCACCGUGCCCGAGCGGGUCCGCCACAACAGCAUGGAGGACGCCAGGGAGCCGGACGAGGAGGUGGUGGAAGAGGAAGACGACGAUCCCUGAGGGGCCUGGGCCCCAGGACCGGCGUGCUGCUGCAGAAAGGCAUCUUCUGGAAUUUUUUCGUCAGCUGCAGCAAAGCCAGCUUUUUUGCUGGGAAAAAGCAUGUCUGUGUUGGAAUACACAACAGAGCUGGGCGAGAACGCAGUGGCCCGGGCCGGUGGAGGGUUUGCCCCAUCUGCACCUCGCUGUGCCCCGCCUGCACCUCGCUGUGCCCCGCCUGCCUCUGGGUGCCCGGCACUUCCAGUAGAUUUUUGGAUUCAUUCCUUUGAAGGGAGUCGGGUUCACCCUUCCGUCGUAUUCUCCCAACUACACAUUGUAAAGCCUGAGAAACUUCCAGAACCUCAGUUAGGAAGCUGCAGCUGGAGGGCUGGGGCACCUGCCCCCUGCUCCCCACACAUCACAUCCUCUCUACACUCCUGCAGGGCCCACGGCUCCUGAGCAACAGCUGGGACACCCGGGCCCUGGUGGCUGCACCCCCCGCUAGGCUCUGCCCACCGGCCACCAACACUCCGGUAAUUCCAAUAAAGUAGUUUAUUUUCUGAGA